AGUCGGAACUCAAAGAUCCAGAGUCAAACUUGUGUCGUGUUGCAGAAGAAAUUUUGAUCUCUGACGAUGUUCGUCAAAUAUACGGAACAGAGAUUCCUGAGUUUGGUCAUUGCGUUUCACAUGACAGCCUUUGUGACCUUAGUCUGGUUUUUGAAGCGAUUUGAAGCUUCUGUGAACUUCCAGCCAAGGAAUGACAGUGCCUCCAUCUCUAUCAGUUAUCUGGAAAAUCAUGCACACUCUCGCCCAGCAGUGCAUGACGGUCCCCUAAAGAAGAUUUUGCUGUGGAAUGACUUCUACGGAAAACUUGACUAUGGCUUUGGAACUGGGCGUGAACCUUUCCAAGCGGCCGGGUGUCGAGUGGAUGCUUGUAUGGUCACGAUCGACCGUAAUCUUUUCCCUCUGGAGGAGGUGGAUGCCCUUGUGUGGCAUACGAGAUCAAGGGAUGUCUCCAUGCCUGAGAGGAGGAGUCCUCACACCCGGUAUGUGCUGGUGGCGAGGGAGUCUCCUGGCCACAACUACUCACACUUUUUGGACGUCAUUGGAGGUCAAAGGCUGACGUUUAACUGGUCUUUCUCGUACGCAGACGAUUCGGAAAUUCGCUAUCCGUACGGCCGUGUCAUUAGACGAGAGGCGCCCCUUGAACGCCGCCCGAGGAACUACGCUGAAGGAAAGACAAAAUUAGCUGCCUGGUUCGUCUCCAAUUGCAACACGGAGAGCAAGAGGGAAAACCUGGCGAAGACGCUGCAGAAGUGGGUGACGGUGGACGUGUACGGCAGCUGCGGCCCUUACAGAUGCGCGCAGGCCAACUGGCGGGAAUGCCACGCCCUGCUCAACGCCACCUACAAGUUCUACCUUUCCUUUGAGAACUCGCUCUGCAGGGAUUACGUCACGGAGAAGUUCUUCACGCCGUUGCUACUAGACGUAGUCCCUGUAGUCUACGGCUACGCGAAUUACUCCAGACUAGCUCCUCCUCACUCCUACAUCGACGCGCUCUCCUUCAACACGACGAGGGACCUGGCGGAGUAUCUUCUGUAUCUCGAUAAGAAUGACACCGCUUAUAACGAAUACUUCCGAUGGAAACCUUACUACGAGCAACUGAACCAGCACGACCUGAGAGCCAAAGCCUUCUGUGAUUUAUGCGAGAGACUUCACUCCGACAGAGAACCGAAGAAUCACGAUGUAAACAGCUGGUUCGACGAAGAGACACAGUGUCUCUCUCAGGAGGAUUCGAGGAUAAAACAGCUGAUUUCUGAGUGAUUGGUUGUUGCUGUUGUUGUUGUUGUUGUUGCUGUUGUUGCUGUUUUUUGUUGUUGUUGUUGUUUUGUUGUUGUUGUUUGUUUUUGUUGUUGUUUUUGCUGUUGUUGUUGUUGUUGUUGUUCUU